AUGGCGACGCUCCAAGAAAUUUUUUCACAGUUGGAUGGUGCAAGAUACUUCAGUGUACUGGAUGCUUCUUCAGCAUUUCUACAGAUACCGUUAUCAGAGAAUAGUUCUCGGUUAUGCACCAUUGCUACUCCUUUUGGCCGAUUUAGUUAUUGUAGACUACCUUUCGGAUUGAAUAGUUCCCCAGAGAUUUUCCAAAAAGCAAUGGACCAUGUAACCUGUGGAUUGGAGGGAGUGAGUGCAUACAUAGAUGACGUCCUAGUGUUUGGUAACUCAAAAGAAGAACAUGAUGAAAGACUGGCUGCUUUCUUAGAAAAGGCAAGAUAUUUUGGACUUAAGCUGUCUAAAGAAAAAAGCCAGAUUGGCCGUGAAAGUGUCCAAUAUCUAGGUCACAAACUUACUCCACAAGGUAUUUCAAUAACCGAAUGCAAACUGAAGGCUAUUCAGGACUACCCGAGCCCUAGGGAUAAAAAUGACCUCCAAAGAUUUUUGGGAAUGAUUACAUAUGUAGGAAGGUUCAUUGAUAAUCUAUCUGAUAAAACAGGGCCACUACGAUUACUGAUGAGCAAAAACAAGUCUUUUAUAUGGACAAGUAUAGAACAAAAAUGUUUUGAAGCAUUAAAGGAGGAGAUAACAAAGGUUCCUGUUUUGGCCUAUUUUGAUGGAAGAAAGAAGUCUACUUUAUCUGUAGAUGCUAGCAAAUUUGGCCUCGGGGCCGUUGUUUUUCAAAAUGACCAUCCUAUCGGCUACAGCUCUUCAGCUUUAACAGCAACUCAGCAAAGGUACAGCCAGAUUGAAAAAGAGCUUCUGGCAGUAGUAAAUGGUUGUAAAAAGUUCCACUAUUACCUAUAUGGAACAGACUUCACAAUAGAGACAGAUCACAAACCUCUACUUGGUCUUUUAAACAAACCUAUAGCAAGUCUAUCACCACGGCUUCAGAGAAUGAUGAUGGAACUGAUGAGAUACAAUUUUAAAUUAGUUCACGUACCGGGGAAAAAAAUGUUCAUUGCAGACUCCCUGUCGAGAGCUCCAAUAGAUGAACAUUUAAACACAAGUUAUCUGGACAACGGAGCUGAGGUAGUUUACUCCCUGGCAGUUUUUGCUAAUGACGAUGUAGUAAAUAGACAUAAAUAUGCUACAGAAAGGGAUGCCGCACUAAAGCAAGUACGUUUUUACAUAGAACAUGGAUGGCCUGAACACAAACAAAAUUGUGAUGACAAAGCUCACCCUUUUUGGGAAAAAAGGUAUCAAUUACAUUUAUACGAUGAUCUGAUAUAUAUGGAAGACCGACUUGUUAUUCCGAGUGAGCUGCGACCCGACAUGCUGAGGCAACUACACGCUUCACACCAAGGAAUUAAUUCGUGCCAAAACAGAGCACAGAUGGCUUGGUACUGGCCAGGAAUGAUGAGAGACAUAAAAAACACAGUAGACCAAUGUACAACAUGCCAGGAAUACCAAAGAUCAAACCCAAAAGAACCUCUUAAACCAUAUCCAGUGCCAGAAAUCCCAUGGGAAGAAAUUGGAGUUGAUUUCUUCAAAAUUAACAAUACCAAUCACAUGCUAGUGAUUGACUAUCAUUCCAAAUUUGUGGAAGUAAAGAAGAUGAGUACAACAACAGCUGAUUCAGUUACUGCAGGAUUGACACAGAUAUUUAGAUCUCAUGGCCUGCCUAAGAAAUUACACUCCGAUAAUGGCCCUCCGUUCGAUAGCCACAAGUUUUCCACGUUCACAGAAAGGUAUAAAAUUGAGCAUAUAACUUCGUCUCCGUACUACCCAAAAUCUAACGGGAUGGUGGAGAGGGCUGUACAAACUUUAAAGUCAAUGCUGUCUAAAACGCUAAAGACCAAGGGAGAUCCAAACCUGGCCAUAAUCGAUUACAAUAAUACUCCUAAAGCUAAUCUCAGAGCACCUGCUCAAAUGCUAAUGGGAAGACUACUAAUGACUGUUCUUCCUGCUACUAAAGAUUCCAUGAAACCACUCUUCCCUACCAAUGAAACAGUUCUAAAUUUGAAGCAAGCCCAAGAAAAACAAAAAACAUAUUAUGACAGAUCGGCUCAUCUACUUCCAGAAUUAAAGGAGGGCGAAGAAGUUUAUGUCCAAAAGGGAACUCGAGAAUGGGCAAAAGGAAAAGUUGUCAAGAAACACAAAAGCCCGAAUUCCUAUUUUGUACAAAUGGACAGCGGAGCAGUUUUCAGAAGAAACCGGUGCCAACUGAGACAAUUUAAAAUGGAAAAGAAAAAAGAUUGA